AUGGACGAUAUUGCUGCCAUCGGGAUGGCGUGCCGACUUCCUGGUGGAGUCAACAGCCCCAGCGAGUUAUGGCAGAUGAUUCUUGAGGCGCGUGAUGGCUCAGGCGAAAUACCGAGCAUGCGAUGGGAGCCGUGGACCAGGAAAGAUCCCCGAAACCCUAAGGCUUUAGAGAAAAUUCCCAAAAAAGGAUACUUCUUGGACCAUCUGGAGAAUUUUGAUCCCGCCUUCUUUGGCAUAUCGCCCAAAGAAGCAGAGCAAAUGGAUCCUCAACAAAGGCUUGCGCUUGAAGUUUCCUGGGAAGCCUUGGAAAGGGCAGGAAUCUCGCCAGAUAGCCUCUCAGGAUCUGACACCGGUGUUUACAUCGGGGUGAACUCUGAUGAUUAUUCUCGCUUGCUGCUCGGAGACCUUCCCAAUGUGGAACCCUGGAUGGGAAUCGGCACAGCUUAUUGCGGUGUCCCAAACCGUGUCUCCUAUCAACUCAACUUGAUGGGACCAAGCAUGGCAGUUGAUGCAGCCUGUGCAUCGUCUCUGGUUGCGGUCCACCUUGGAAAACAGGCUAUCCUCCAGGGUGAGUGCAAGCUUGCAAUAGUGGGAGGCGUGAACGCAUUGUGCAGCCCUGAAAUGACCGCUGUUUUGGCAAAAGCCGGUGCUAUCUCAAAUGAAGGUAUAUGUCAAUCCUUCGAUGACGCUGCGAACGGUUAUGGUCGGGGUGAAGGUGCUGCCAUCGUUAUCUUAAAGCACCUUGAUGAAGCUAUCAAUGACGGUGAUAAUAUUGUUGCCGUUAUUAAAGGGAGUGCAGUUUCUCAGGAUGGACAUACCAAUGGGAUCAUGGCUCCCAAUGCAUCUUCACAAGAACUAGUGGCUAGGAAAGCGCUCGACGAUGCUGGAGUUGAUUCCACGACAAUCAACUACGUUGAGGCCCAUGCCACAUCUACUGCAGUUGGUGAUGUCACCGAAAUAUCGGCAAUUUCACGAGUCUACGGAGGCCCACAGAGAUCAGAAAACCCCUGCUGCAUCGGCUCCGUGAAGGCUAAUGUCGGUCAUUUAGAAGCUGGCGCCGGUGCGGUUAGCUUGAUUAGGGCAUUGAUGUCAAUUUCCACGGGCAUUCUUCCACCUCAGGCCAAAUUGGAACAGCUCAACUCAAAGAUAGAUUGGGGUGGCGCUGGGCUAAACGUUCUCCAGAAUGCUCAGAGCUGGCCAGAUUCCAAAAUACCACGCCGCGCCGGGUAUUUACCGCCAACAUCGAACUUCUCGACGACACAGCUAGAUGGACCUCAUAUUCUUCUGCUAUCUGUGCCACAAGAGAAGCGUAUGAGUGCCACGGCAGAGAAACUAUCUUCUUGGAUCCAUAAUUAUGGCGAAAAGUAUGCCCUGGCCAGCAUCGCAACUACCUUGGCGACCCGUCGGGCUCAUCACAAAUAUCGGGCUGCAUUGGUGGCGGAUAACCAUCAUGAUGCAGUUACAAAGCUCAAAUCACUCGCUGAAGGUGCGUCCACGGAAUGGGUUACACAGAAUCGGGUGUUGAGCAAAGACAUUCGCAAAGGCGUCACCUUUGUCUUUUCUGGCCAUGGCUCACAGUGGGCCGAUAUGGGAAAGAAAUUGCUCAAUCAACAUAUCUUUCAUGAUUUUAUAGCCUCUCUUGAGCCAAUUGUGAAAGCUGAAAUGGGCUUUUCGGCUCUGGAUGCUCUUCGGAAUGGGGAUUUUGAGACCUCAGAUAUGGUGCAAGUUCUCACCUACCUCUUGCAAGUGGGGCUCGUUGCCAUUCUUGAGUCGAAAGGCUUACAGCCCAAUGCUGUAAUUGGACAUUCGGUGGGCGAAGUCGCCGCAGCGGUUGCUGCUGGCUGUCUGACUCCCCAGGAGGGAGCCUUGGUUGUGACAAAACGAGCCAAGCUAUACCGAAGAUUUAUAGGAACAGGGGCGAUGGCUGUCAUAUACAAGCCCUUUGAUGAAAUGCAGAGAGAAUUGGGCCCACGCACCGACAUAGUCGCUGCAAUAGACUCGUCUCCAUCGUCGUGCGUUCUUUCCGGAGACAGACAGCCAUUGGAGACAUUCUGCCAAUCCUUGAAUGUUCGAGGCGUCAAGUCCAUGUGGGUAAAGACAGACAUUGCCUUUCACCAUCCUAGCCUCACAGAGCUGGCUGAGCCUUUGACCUGUGCUCUCGAUGGCCUGCUUGCACCACGCGUACCCAAAGUCGCAAUUUACUCCACAUCUCAGGAUGACCCAUGUAGCCUGCAACUUCGUGACAUUGAUUAUUGGUGUCAAAAUAUGGUUCGACCAGUGAAACUCAGCUCUGCAGUAACUGCCACUGCCAAAGAUGGCUUUCGACUAUUUUUAGAAAUUUCAUCGCACCCUGUUGUAUCACAUUCUGUCCAGGAAACUUUGAUGUGCUCGGAAACCAGUGAUUUCGGUGUCUACCAUACCAUGCGUCGCCACAAGCCAGCUGACAAAACCAUUCUUUACAAUUUAGCGCAGUUACAUUGCCAUGGCUCUGACAUUGAGUGGCACCAAUUGAUGAAGGCACCUUGGACACCAGAGGUUCCCCUAACUGGCUGGAACCACCAAAUGAUCUGGAAAGAUGUUGAGACAGCAUCAUUCGGUGCCGCGAUGACCCACAAUACGGAGAUACACGCACUCCUAGGGUCACGCCUCCCUGUGGCUGGUGAAGAUAUCGUUACCUACUCAAGCUAUCUCGAUAAGGAUUCCAAACCUUUCCCUGGCAAUCACCCUGUUCAUGGCUCUGAAAUCAUCCCGGCUGCCGUCUUGAUCAAUACUUUCCUGCUCGGCACUGGGGCUCUCCAGCUCUCUGAAUUUCACCUUCGGAUUCCGGUUGCCACUGACAAGCCGCGAGACAUCCAGUUUGUCGUAAGUCCGGGUCAUGCGAAGAUAUGCUCUCGCCUUAUUCGCGGCAAUAAAGAGAGUCAGUGCGAUGACAACUCGUGGGAAACCCAUACAACCGGCUGCUGGUCAACCACAGAGGCUGCUGAAGUGGGGGUGCCGUACAAAGUUGACAUUGAACUGAUGAAAGCUGUAAUCGGCAAGAGGCUGCCAGAUACUUUCUCGGUUGAUUAUCUGUCAAACAUCGGUGUCUCAAACAUGGGGUUUCCUUGGAUCGUGCUCGAACAUUACGGAAAUCAGGACGAGAUGGUUGCGCUGGUCGAUGUCGCUCCUGAUGUCGAUCACUCUGUAAGCCUUCCUUGGGAUCCCCACUCGUGGGCGCCAAUUCUCGAUUCAGCGACAUCCGUGGGAUCAACUUUGUUUUCCAGCGAGCCUAGACUCCGAAUGCCAUCUCACAUUGAAAGAAUCUCUGUUCUGAGCAAACAGACUCCGCCAAAGAUGUGCCAUCUUCACAUCAAAGCCGUGGAGAAUCUUCCCUUCGCAGCCCACAUCAAUGUAUACAACGAGCAGGGAGACCAGCUGGUAUGUAUUGAAUCGAUGCAAUUUUCAGAGCUUGAGGGUGAAGUUUGCAUGGAUGCCGGACUGGAGAGCCUCGUGCAUCAGAUUUCAUUGCCUCCAGCAAUCUACACAGAAAAGGUCCUACCAUUCAGCAAUAUUGUGUUGAUAUCGAGAGACUCAUCUCUAGCCCACCUUUACAGAGAAAGUCUGCCUUCCAAUAUUCUCACAAUCAUUGUUUUGGACAAUAUAGGGGAACUCUUGAACCGGAUGCAAGAUCUAGAGGGCGACUCGGCAGUUUUAUAUCUUCCCACGUCAGAUCCACGACUUGAUUCAAUCGCCACUACAGCCUAUAAUCAUUCCAUGGACCUGAUUGGUAUAGCAAGGCUAUCUGCGAACUCGAAUUUGUCAAUCAAAAUCUUUGUCUUGACAAACGGGGUAUUUACAGGCCAGUCAACGGCUUUGGCUCAGUCGACGCUAGCUGGAUUAUCUCGAAUUAUUGCUUCAGAGCAUCCCGAUAUUUGGGGGGCUCUAAUCGACCUGGAAUCACCUAAGAUACCCCUCGAGGUCAUGAAGUAUGUUCAGGGAGAGGACGUUAUUCGCAUUUUUGAUGGUAUCCCUCGAGUCGCUCGAUUGCGGCCACUUUCGCCUGGCCAACUGCUGCCCCAAUGGAAGGUUCCGCAACUGUCUUCUCCCGGGGGUACAUACUUAAUUACAGGUGGCUUGGGAUCACUGGGCCUGGAAACGGCAGAAUUUCUUGUACAACAAGCGGCUCGUCGGCUUAUUCUCGUUUCAAGGAGCGCUGUACCACCUCGCAAAAGCUGGCACACAAACAUUGCUGAGUCGUCACCCAUGAUGCCUACACUUCAGAAACUUCUACGCCUUGAGGCAUAUGGUGCAACGAUCAAGACAUUGGAGUUUGAUAUUGGCUCGAGGUCCAGCCCACAAUUGUUGUCCGAAGCAAUUGAUGCUUUAAACCUUCCUCCAAUUUGUGGUGUUAUCCACGCAGCAGGUGUGCUAGAAGAUGAGCUCAUCUUGUCCAUCACAGCAAAAGGUCUAGAACAUGUUCUUGCACCAAAGGUGUCCGGCUCCAUAUUACUUCAUCGGCUUUUCCCACCAAAGACCCUGGACUUUAUGGUCUUCUUCUCCUCUUGUGGACAGUUGUUUGGCUUCCCCGGGCAAGGCGCUUAUGCUGCUGGUAACGCUUUUUUGGAUGCCCUUGCAGUUCACCGCCGCAGCCAAGGUGGUAACACCAUCUCCUUUCAGUGGAGUAGUUGGCGCGGAAUGGGGAUGUCCACAAGCACUGAGUUCAUCAAUGCUGAAUUGGCCAAUAAGGGCAUCGCGGAUAUUACACACGAUGAAGCGUUCCUGGCCUUGUUGCACGCCUGGAAAUAUGAUACAUCCCAAGUAACUGUUCUGAGGAGCUUGCCUAUCGAACACGAUGAACCAAUUCCAAGCCCAAUUCUCGCUGAGAUUAUUAAGCGCAAAAUUCUGGCUUCAACUUCUUCUAGCGAGUCGGCCUCUACAAAAAGCCCAGCAAAUUUGUUGCCCCCUUCCAAAGAGGAGCGUCUGUCUUAUCUUGAUCAUACAAUUCGAGGAUGUUUAUCACAGGUACUGCAUCUAUCUGGACCUGAGGAGAUCGAUUCAAAGGCAGCGAUGAGUGAUUUAGGUCUGGACAGCGUCUUGACGGUGAGUCUGCGAAGGGUACUGGGAAAGACUAUGGGGGUAAAUGUUCCACCGACACUGACAUGGACUUGCCCGACUGUCCUGGACUUGGUUAGUUGGUUUGAAACUAGAGCCUGA